AUGAUAGAAAAUAAUAUUACUGGAUUUAAUGAAGACAAGUCAAAAAAUGAUGCAAAAGAAAUAUUAUUAGGAGUAAUACCAGAUAAAAGUAAUUUAAAAGAAAGUGAUAUUGUAAAGGGGUAUGAUUUUAACAAAGGUUUGGAUUAUGGUAAAUUAUUUGAGUCAUAUAAAAAUACAGGGUUUCAAGCAUCAGCAGUUGGUAAUGCAAUUGAUGAGAUCAAUAAAAUGAUUCAAUGGCGUUUAAGUGAUGAACCAUUGGCAGAAGGUGAAGAAGAUGAUGGAUUGAGAGGUCAAGCUAGAUGUAAAAUAUUUUUGGGUUAUACUAGUAACAUGGCUUCCUCUGGUAUUAGAGAUAUUAUUAAAUAUUUAGUUCAACAUUCAAUGGUCGAUGUUAUUGUAUCCACUGCAGGUGGUAUCGAAGAAGAUUUUAUCAAAUGCUUUGCACCAACAUACAUGGGAGAAUUUGAACUCGAUGGCCAUGAUCUUCGUAAAAAAGGUUUGAAUAGAAUUGGUAACUUGGUAAUGCCCAAUGACAACUACUGUCAAUUUGAAAGCUGGAUCAUGCCAAUAUUCGAUAAGAUGCUUGAAGAGCAAAAGACCAAAGGAACCCUUUGGACACCAUCUAGACUAAUUAAUCGUUUAGGUAGAGAAAUUAAUAAUGAAGAUUCCAUUUACUAUUGGGCAUGGAAAAAUAACAUCCCAGUAUACAGCCCAGCAAUUACAGAUGGUAGUAUAGGUGAUAUGUUGUAUCUACAUUCCUAUCAAAACCCAGGUCUCGUUUUAGAUAUUAUAAGAGAUGUACGUGGAAUUGAUAACCAUGCAAUAGAUGCAAAGAAAACUGGUGUUAUUUUAUUAGGUGGUGGGGUAAUUAAACAUCACAUAUUAAAUGCAAAUUUACUACGUAAUGGAUGUGAUUUUUGUGUCUAUUUAAACACAGCUAAUGAAUUUGACGGUUCUGACAGUGGGGCAAAAACCACCGAAGCAGUGUCAUGGGGUAAAAUUGCAAUGAAUGCUAAACCAGUUAAAAUCUAUGCAGAAGCUUCGAUUGUUUUCCCAAUUUUAGUAGCUGAAACAUUUGCUAAAACUUUCAAACAAAAAUCUGAGCUAGAAUUAAAAAUGAAUAAAAGAUCAAUAUUUGAAUAA